AUGGCUUAUGGAGCUGAUAAAUCUAAGCUUAUUCCGUCGAUAUACUUUACAUCAUUUAUUUUCCAGGGAUUAUGUAUCUGGUUUUACGUUACUCUCGCCAUUUUCCAUGAACUCCUUGAGAAACUCCUCGAAGAAGAUAAAGAAAGGCCAAAUAGCGAAGAAUACGAAAAGAUUCCUCCAAUUAGGUUCUUUGAAAACACAGGAAGCAGUAAUAAUGGAAACUCAUUAUAUACAUAA